AGAGGAAAUAUGGUGGAGAAAAUUCUGGAGGAACGAGAAGACGGCACUCAAGAGGCCGGAGGACGAGGCGAUGGUACUUGCCGAGAUGUAGCCUCGACGGGGGAGUCUAUGAGCGCGGUGCAGGCCCGUCAGGAGGAGGCGAGACGCAAGAGGCGCAGGAAGAGACGCUCCGGCUCCUCUGUGGUGUCCUCCUGCUUCCAAGAACUGUACAAAUUAACUGGAGAAGUUCUUGGGGAGGGCGCCUACGCCUCGGUCCAGACCUGUACAUCUCUCUACACGGACCUCGAAUAUGCUGUGAAGAUCAUUGACAAGAUCCCCGGACACGCGCGUGCCAGGGUGUUUAAGGAAGUCGAAACGUUUCAUCAUUGCCAAGGCCACCCGAACAUCAUACAGCUAAUUGAGUUCUUCGAGGACGAGGAAAAAUUCUAUCUUGUGUUUGAGAAGAUUAAUGGUGGCCAGUUAUUGAACAGGAUUCAGGAACGAAUUCACUUCACUGAGAGAGAAGCGAGCCAGAUUGUCAAAGAGAUUGCGAGUGCGCUUGACUUUCUUCAUAAGAAAGGUAUUGCUCAUAGAGACCUCAAGCCCGAGAACCUCUUGUGCGUAUAUCCGGACAAGUUGACGCCAAUCAAGGUGUGUGAUUUUGAUCUUGGGUCAGGUAUCAAGUUCAACAACUCGCUGUCUAGUCCUGUGGCAACGCCACAACUUUUGACACCGGUGGGCAGCGCUGAGUUUAUGGCGCCGGAAGUGGUCGAGGCUUUCAUCGGCGAGGCCAAUUAUUACGACAAACGUUGCGAUCUUUGGAGUCUUGGUGUUAUUAUGUACAUUUUGCUCUGCGGUUAUCCGCCCUUUUACGGAAACUGCGGCACUGAUUGCGGUUGGAGCAGGGGAGAAAAUUGUCAGGCCUGUCAAGAGUUGCUCUUCACUAGUAUUCAGGAGGGCAGAUACGAGUUUCCCGACAAGGAGUGGAGAUGCAUCUCCGAGGACGCGAAAGAUUUGAUCAGAGGCUUGCUUGUUAAGGAGGCCCACCAGAGGCUCAGCGCCGAUAGUAUUUUGAAACAUCCCUGGAUUAAUCCCGGGCCGACUUCCGUCGAAACUGGUGAUCGAUCACUUACCACGCCUCAUAUCAUAAGGAGGAACAACUCCGCUAGAGAACUUUCAGCGUUCGCUGAGUCCGCAAUGGCUGUGAAUCGCGUGGUACUUCAGCAUUUCUCGCUAAAUCUCGAGGAGCUGGCGGAGAACAGGGAGCCCAGACUGUCCACGUCAUCGACUGACGACGAUAAUCAUCCGUACGGUCACAUGUCCGAUUCCAGCAGUGAACUAUCCGAGAACAGCAAGCACUUAACGACGCAUUCAUCCAGCGAAUUUGACGGCACGCGACCAAAAUCUUGCUCUAUACACUCCAGCGUUGAUUUAAACGACCCCAAGAUCAUCGGAAAGAAUCGCGUCAUCGGUAAGGACUCGCUGCAGAAUUGGUUUGGACUGUCACCGCCGACCGAGAGUCGUCUGAUGCAACGCCGUUUGAAGGCACGCUCAGACCUACUCGAACGUCAAACCGGCAAAGCGGUAAUUGCGUCUCCGAGUGGCUGAGAGGUCGCUGUAGAAUCGAUCACUUUUUCUCGCUACAGUAUCACUUGUCUCUUUGUAGCUACGUGAAAAAAAGCAAACGAUGUACAAUACCUUUUCCAAUGGCUUAGGAAGCUAACGUAGCAUGUAAGUCGAGUCUCUGAUUCUGCGCGGAUAAUGAGAACAGGCUCAAUCAUUUACGAUAGUGACGACAGCGAUAAUAAUCGAAAAGUAUUCGCCGCGAAAAUAAUCGAACAGAAUAUUGUCGUUAUCUUCUUUUUUUCGAUAGUCCUAAGCUUCUUUUGUUUUAAACUUUCCUUUUAACAGGCAGUUGAAUGAUAACCAGAUUGUUUUUAUUUCCAAAUGUAAGAUUCUUUACUCCUAAAAUUAUUUAUAUAUUAA